AUGGAUUUACGAGAUCUUAUCGCUAAAAAAAGAUCAUCAUUAAAAUCGUGUAAAACGGUGAUAACAGAUCCGCUUGGCAACAAGUACGAAAUUGAACAAGGCCAAAUAAAGAAACUGGAGAAAAGCCUACCAUUUGUAGUAGACGAAAAACCUGAUUUGCGUGUCGCCAAUAUAAUACCAGGUUUAUAUCUUAGCUCUCAAGAUCCAGCAGUUUGUAUCGAUAUAUUGAAGAAAUAUGAAAUACGGCAUAUUUUAAGCAUAGGUGUGGCAAUUAAUAUUUCCGAGAGAUUCGACGAUAUUCGAUAUCACACCUGUGAUUUGUUAGACUUGCCGGAAUCGAAUAUAAUACCGUUGCUAAAAAGAUGCGUCCAUAUCAUACAUGCGACUCGUAAAGAAAACAUCCUUGUGCAUUGCAAUGCUGGUGUUUCUCGCUCCCCUGCUAUUGUUAUCGCUUAUUUAAUGAUUUAUAAAAAAUUGUCAUAUGAUGAAGCUUACAAUAAAGUAAAAAAAGCGAGAGGUUGCAUUAGACCUAAUGAUGGAUUUGUAAAACAAUUACAUAGUAUUGAAAACACAAUCUUUGUCAAUGAAUUGUAAUAGUGUGUUCUAAUAUAUCUAUGCUAAAAACAAUUUAGACAAAUAUUUUAAAAUGUUUACAUUAAUAUAAAUAUUUUUGGUCAUGUCAUAAUGUAUUUCAUACGAUAUAAUGCGUAAUAUGUAUGUAUGUGUGUAUGCGUACACAUACAUACAAAAUGCAUAUAUAUAUGUUUGCCUUGUGUUCCUUGGAAUAAAGAUUAUAAAGAAACAAAAAGAUAUAAUGCACAUAUAAGAAAUGGAUAAAUGGAUCAAUGAAUGUAGAAUAUAUUGUUAUAAUAGAGAAUCCAUGUGUUAUAACAUUAUUUACUUAAGUGUACAGAGAAUAUUAUUUCAUAUAUAUAAUUACAAUAUAUUUUAUAUCAUAACUCAUUAGAAAAUUAGAUUCAUGCACAGCAUCUAUCAAAUUCUUAGCCAAAAUUAAGUAUAUUAAGAUUUUUACUAAUUCUGGCUUCUUUUCUUAUAUUUACCAUGCAUUGGAGAUGACACAUAGGUCGCUGUACCAAGUAGAUUUAUAAAAAUUACUGUAAAUCUAAAAAAUAUAAGUGAAUUUCUGUAUA